AUGUACAUGUGCAAGGCGGAGGCACCGAAUCCCGUUUACCACGCACCUACGCCAAUCGAUCAGAUCACUCAAGCCCUUUUCUCCCCUCCCAGCACCGCUUCAUCCACCUCCUCCGCCACCUCCACAUCCACUACCACACCAAACCCCUUCGAUCCCUCCGUUGACAGCGGUAUCAACACCGAAUUUCUAGUCCAAGUGCAACCUAUCCGCCUUAUUGUUUUCUCACGUCCUCGAAUGCUUCCUGGCAAUCCACGACUGGUCAACACCAACCCAUCCACUUCCCCUCCACCGCACAACUCCUGGACAACACGAGGUCGUUUUAACAACCACAUGCGUUGGCGCCGAAGCAGUGAGACAUCCUUACUUCCUUCGUGGGCCUACGCUAAUCGUCCAGUAGCCCGAGAGGGUGAAAAGAUGGUUCUGGAAUGUGCGGCACGUGGGAAUCCACCUCCAAAAUUGAUCUGGUUUAAGGGAGGAGGUGGCAGUAAUCUACCACCCCCGGAAGGUCUUGCCUUUCUAAACGAUGUAAAUUUCGACGUAGGAAUACGCGAGGCAUUAAAUUAUCUCCCACUGACAGAAGCAACGAAAUAUUUGGGCACAAAGGUGGCUGAAGAUGAUCAACUCUUCCCAGCCAUUAUGGAAGCUCCCGCAACGAACAAUCUGUCUGACGUGAAGCCCCUGACAGACAUUGAGGGUGCAAAUUUGACUCCGAGGGAGAGUGACUUCACUGGAACCCGACUGGACCGAUUCUCAGUGGAGGCAGGAUUAAGGAAAGAUGAUACUGGCGUUCCAGUGAUUGCGGUGUCUAGACUGAUUGUUGACGAUUUAGGAGUGUCUGAUGCCACUAGGUAUACCUGUCUGGCUCAGCUGGAUAUGGAACCGCUUGGAGGACAUGGAAAUUGGACUGAUGUUGGCAGUCUUUUGCCAUCAAUAAUCCUACUGCCUCAAUUCGUGGCGGCUGGCACGAAACUCUACGCGACAGGAAAUCCGGGCGAAAACGCUACACUGACUUGUGAGGCUCUAGGCGGUCUUUCAAUUCCUGGAGGACUCCAAUUAACUCUGCUUAGAGGAUCGGGAUUGAAGGAGUUGGCAGAACAAGCCAUCAGUGCAAAGGGCUCCCUUCCUCCAUCGACAUUGAUUUCGGACAGCCCUGUAGAGUCGUCAACAUUUGCGGAAGAACGAGAGAAGCUACCGUUCAGCGAGCGAAUUGAAACAAUUCUGCCUGAUAUGGAUCCGCGGUAUCACCUCAUAGCUGGGCCUGAUCCCAAAAAUCCUUACGCCGCGAUGGUGCGAUUAACGAUAACUAAUCUUCGGCCAGAGGACAACAACUACUACGUCUGCAAGGCUCAAAGUGGAGACAAUUGGAUUGCCUAUGCUCCUUCACCUGAAAACGCUCUAGGACGUCUCUCGGUGUGGUUUGCACCCCCCAAGGCGGGACCGCCUCCGAGGGAGGGCGUGACUACAACGAUGGCACCAGGAGAUAGCGAAGGUGGAUGGGAGGUGAUGUAUGGACUGGCUCACAAACCAUCAAGGCUAGAAUGUCGAUCGUUGGGUCAACCACCUCCACAGUGGACAUGGACUGGUCCUGCUAUUCGCAAAGUCAUUGAUCCCGUGUCGGCAGGGGAGGUUAUUGAAGCUGAUGGGUAA